CUCGUGGUUAGCCUGUGCUCUUCGGCUCCCUAGACCCGUCGCGGAAUAGGGAGGUCGAAAUGACCCGGUUGGGAUUGCGAUUCGUCGCAUCCGCAGUUUUCCUGGCCGGGAUUGUCGGUGGGCAAUACAAUCACACAUGGUCGAAUAAUCCUCAGUCUGUGGUACCACUUGGACGUGGUGACAUCGGAAAACCAAACACUACCGACGACGAAGACCUUCCACCACGAUGGAAACCUUUCCUAUCCCACGACGAAGAUUCCGAAGAAGAUAGGCGGAACGGAGAUCCUUACGCUGACCACCGAAACUCUGACGCCGGUUACAAUAGACAUCACGAUAGCUCUUCAUUAUUUGGUGAGGAUGAUCAAGGACCCUACAAUGAGGGCCAAGGCUCCUUGGAUCCUUACAAUCAAAGAACCGGCGAUCCUCACGGAAGAUCACGAGGUUAUGAUGAUACUUACGGUAGAGGGGCCGGAGUCGGGCGAGACGGCUCUAGAGAUCCUUAUGGCUACGGCGAAAAUCCUAGUUCCGGGGAUGGUUACGGCCGUGCUGAUCCUUACGGGCGUGGAUCGACUGGUUACAACACAGGACACUCGCAAGGUCAAGGAGGAUACGGGGCAGCCAGAAGUUCGGAGAACGAACGUGGAUCGACUGGUUACAACACAGGACACUCCCAAGGUCAAGGAGGAUACGGGGCGGCUGGAAGCUCGGAGAACUAUCCGAGCAGUUAUUCAGCCGUACCGAUUCCAGGACGAACACCCCCGCGGAAUUGCACCGGUUCGGCUUGCUGCGUUCCGAAAUGUUUCGCGGAGAAAGGAUCCAGAGGAUCACCAGGUGUAAUGGGGCCACAGGGUCCCAAGGGUCAAAGAGGAUUUCCGGGCACAGAAGGUCUCCUGGGUCCGAAAGGAGAGAAAGGUGAUCCUGGCCCACAGGGGUCGCGCGGGUCGAAAGGUGAUAGAGGAAAAAUGGGCAUGCCUGGAUUCCCUGGUAUAAACGGUGUUCCUGGAGUGCAAGGUCCACCUGGAGCAUCUGGUCUUUCUGGUCGAGACGGUUGCAACGGAACGGACGGUGAACCCGGUCUCCAUGGUAUUCCUGGAGAUCCUGGUCCCCCUGGUUUUCGGGGAACACCGGGUCCAAAGGGAGAGAAAGGUCAACCGGCGUUUGCUGGAAUGUUCCCCGUUGGUCAGAAAGGUGAGCCUGGCAUCGACGGUGUGAGAGGGCCUCCUGGACCACCAGGACUUCAAGGAGAACGUGGACUGACUGGAUCAAAGGGUGAACGUGGUCCUUAUGGCACGCCUGGGGGACCGGGUACCAAAGGAUCAAAAGGAAACAUGGGUCUUGGAUUCGAGGGUCUGAAAGGUGACAAAGGUCAAAAAGGUGAACACGGGCCUCCUGGCACACCUCCCCCUGAGGUACCGUUCGGAGGUGUGACGGAAAUUUCGGGACCACCGGGUGAUUAUGGAGAAAAGGGAGAUAAGGGUGAUAUGGGAUAUGAUGGGCCAAAAGGUGAUCGUGGUCCUAGCGGUGAUCAUGGUUUACCUGGUGGUUUCGGCUUGAAGGGAGAGAAAGGUCUGCCUGGAGCUCCAGGUAUUCGAGGUAGAGACGGUUUCUCUGGUCCUCCGGGACCACCUGGUCGCAAAGGUGAUCGAGGCUACGACGGCUUAGAUGGAUUAGGCGGUCAUCCUGGCACGAAAGGUGAACCGGGACGUGACGGACCGAUGGGAGUUCCUGGUCUACGAGGACCUCCAGGUCCACCAGGAGGCGGCAAAGGUACACCAGGCCCGCCUGGACCGAAAGGACCCCAAGGGUUCCCAGGUCCAACUGGUGCUCGAGGUGCGGAUGGAUAUCCAGGUGAUCCAGGACCAAGAGGUCCAAUCGGCAUGACAGGAGGUCCCGGUUCACCGGGUAUUCCUGGCCCGGAAGGUUUGCCAGGAGAAAAGGGAACGAAGGGAGAGCCUGGAAUUACAGGAUUCCCAGGACAGAUAGGACUUCGUGGUUUCGAUGGUCCUCCGGGUUCUCCGGGUCCACGGGGUGUGGCAGGUGAAAAGGGAUUAUCGAUUAUGGGACCGAAAGGAAUGGAUGGUUCACCUGGUCUAGACGGCGAGAAGGGGCAAAAGGGAGAACGUGGAUACUCUGGCGCACGUGGUUUUCCAGGAGACUCUUUAGAUGGGAUACCAGGAUUACCUGGUGAAUCUGGCUUACCAGGGGAACCAGGAAAUCCGGGCAGGGAUGGUAUUCCGGGAACUCCGGGAGCGCUUGGCGAAAAAGGAGAAAUAGGAGGUCGGUGUCAGGAUUGUCUGCCGGGAUUACGAGGCAUGAAAGGAGACCGUGGUUUCGAUGGCACGCCUGGUAUUCCGGGAGCACGAGGACCGCCUGGAGAAAGGGGAUUCCCUGGAGAACCUGGCUCUGACGGUCUGCCUGGACCGCUUGGACCACCAGGACCACCGGGAAAAGAUGGUAUUCCUGGAACACCAGGUCCUCAAGGAGAACCCGGCCAACCGGCAGAGGUUACAUGGAGUUCGCUUAAGUUGGAAAAGGGGGAUAAGGGUAUACGGGGUGAAAUCGGACGACCAGGUCCACCAGGUCCGAUAGGUCCACCUGGGGAUAAGGGUGCGAUUGGAUUUGAAGGUUUCCCUGGUCUGAAGGGUACUGCUGGUGAUCGAGGUUUCCCUGGGCAAGAUGGUGUUCCUGGCAGGUCAGGUGUUCCGGGACGUAAAGGAGAAAGUGGACUCAGUAUAAAAGGAGAGCCUGGAGAACCUGGCCGACCAGGUUACCGUGGCGACAAAGGUGAACCCGGUUUCGAAGGAUUUAAAGGUGAACCCGGUCUAUGCCCACCGUUGAACUUGACGGAGGGUUUCAAGGGUUCUAGAGGAUUCCCUGGUGAAAGAGGAACGCCUGGACCACCCGGCAGAGAUGGUACAAAGGGUGAUAAAGGACUGCAGGGAUUCUCGGGUCCGCCUGGGCCCCAAGGAGCUAUUGGCGCACCUGGACCAGUUGGACCACGAGGGUUGCCUGGUCCUCGAGGAGAUAAGGGUAAUAUGGGUCCCAUGGGCUUCCCUGGUGAACCUGGCCGCGAGGGACCUAGAGGAUUCCCAGGCGCUCCAGCUCCGAAAGGAGACAAGGGUGAACCUGGUAUAUCGGUGAAGGGCGCCCGCGGCUUAAGUGGCCCUCCAGGUGAAAAAGGAGAGCAGGGUCUUCCAGGACCACCAGGAAAGGAUGGUCCUGUCGGUUAUUCGGGUCUGCCUGGAUUUGCUGGGGAAAAGGGUGACCUUGGAAUUCCUGGAAUAAGUGGUUUACCAGGUGCACCUGGAGAAAAAGGUGACACUGGUCCAAUUGGGCCUCCUGGUCCUCCUGGUGUAGCGGGAACUCCUGGUAUCGAUGGAGGCAAAGGUGAGCCGGGAUUGUCAGGAGAAUCUGGUAGAGCAGGUCUACCAGGGUUCCCAGGUUCGAAAGGCGAUCGCGGUGAAGUGGGUAUAGAUGGACCAAAGGGAUAUCCUGGUAGGCGAGGUUUACCUGGCGCUGCAGGUAGACCUGGUGCGGAAGGUACAUCUGGAAUGAAGGGAGAACGGGGAGAGAAGGGUUCGCCAGGUUUUCCUGGAUUGCGCGGAGUAGAAGGAAAACCUGGUCGCCCAGGACUACCGGGUCAAAAAGGAGACUUUGGUCCUCCUGGUCCUACUGGUUUGCCGGGUCCUCCUGGAUUCGAAGGACUUAAAGGUGACGAAGGUCCACCUGGAUUGCCCGUAAGUACACUUUUGUGCAAAUAUAUAAUAUGAACGAAUUGUAUUGUUAUACCAUUGGGUAGUCCUGGUAGGGAUGGUUUCGAUGGUUUGAAAGGAGAAGCUGGACUGCCCUGUGUUGGUCGAGAUGGAUUACCUGGCCAGAAAGGAGAAGCUGGUCUACCAGGUCGGGAUGGUUUACCAGGACUUCAAGGACCGAAAGGUGACACCGGUGUCAGAGGUUUCCCUGGACUUAAAGGAGACCUUGGGCUACAAGGUGCGUCAGGUGAACCAGGUACUCCUGGAAUCGACGGAUUACCCGGUGAACCAGGUGGCAUUGGUACACCUGGACCUGCAGGUUUCCCUGGUUUGAAUGGUGAAAUGGGAGAGCCAGGACGUCCCGGACUUAAUGGUGUCAAAGGAGAUCGCGGUCUUUCUGGCCCUGCUGGUUUCCCUGGUAUUCCUGGUUCGCUCGGAGAGAAGGGUGAUCGUGGACCACCCGGACCAACAAUUCAAGUUAAAGGUGAAAAGGGUGAACCAGGUAUUCCUGGACGUCAGGGUUUGUUUGGUGAGAAGGGAGACCGCGGUUUAGAAGGUCUUGGUGGAUAUGAUGGCGAGAAAGGAGAUAGAGGUUUACCAGGUCCCGUUGGAAAUCCAGGUCCACCUGGUCCUCUCGGUGAAAAAGGCGAGGAAGGACCAGUUGGAAUUCCAGGUGUUCCCGGAUCAACCAUCAAGGGCGAGAAAGGUUUGCCAGGUUUGCCUGGAAAGCACGGACGAGAAGGACUAUCAGGGCGACCUGGUGAUAAGGGAGAACAGGGAUUAACCGGUUUACCAGGACAUAAAGGAGACCAAGGCCCUUACGGACCUCUUGGCCCGCAGGGUGAGAAAGGUGACAUGGGUCCAAUUGGUCUGAGUGGUAUGCCAGGUCGAGACGGAACACCAGGUCUUGAAGGAAGGCCAGGCUUGCCAGGCGAAAGAGGUGAUAAAGGAGACAUGGGACCAUCGGGAUUGCCUGGUCUACCUGGACAUAAAGGAGAACAUGGAUUCCCAGGACCAAGUGGAUUGGACGGAGCGCCUGGUGAAAAAGGUGACAGAGGUUGGGACGGUGUGAAUGGUCAGCCUGGACCUGUUGGGGAGAAGGGUGACAGAGGUUACCCUGGUGCGGUCGGAUUAGUGGGUAGCGUUGGGUAUCCUGGUCCACAGGGUGAAAAGGGUGAUGAUUGCAUCGAACCACCGAUGGGACCGAAAGGAGAUCGUGGAUAUCCUGGAUCUCCGGGCCGGGCAGGACCGCCAGGAGAAAAGGGACUUCCGGGACCACCAGGAUUCCCAGGAUUGGACGGACUGAAGGGUGAACCAGGCCCACCAGGACCUCUAGGACCAGCUGGUCUUCCAGGUCUGCCUGGACCUGUUGGUCAGCCUGGCGCGACAGGCCUUCAAGGUCCGAUCGGUGUACCGGGCCCUGUGGGAGAGCCUGGACAACCAUGCGAGACUGCGCCCGAUUAUCUGACCGGCAUACUGUUGGUCAAGCACAGUCAGAGUCAAUCGAUACCUGUCUGCGACCCAGGACACAUCAAACUGUGGGAAGGAUACAGUUUGCUGUACACGGAUGGCGAUGAAAGAGCGCAUUCGCAGGAUCUAGGUUCCGCGGGCUCGUGCGUACGAAAGUUCUCGACGAUGCCCUUCCUCUUCUGCGACGUGAACAACGUCUGCCACUACGCCAGCCGCAACGAUCGUUCUUACUGGGUGUCGACCAAUAGUCCAAUUCCCAUGAUGCCUGUCGAGGAGUCGGCAAUAGAAGAAUACAUCUCUAGGUGCGUGGUAUGUGAAGUUCCAGCGAAUGUGCUAGCCGUACACAGCCAAUCAUUGAGCAUUCCAGAAUGUCCGCGAGGAUGGACCGGCCUUUGGAUCGGUUACAGUUUUGCCAUGCACACGGGCGCCGGUUCCCAGGGCGGCGGACAGUCACUGUCCAGCACUGGAUCCUGCCUGGAGGACUUCCGCGCGACGCCGUUCAUCGAGUGCAACGGCGCGAAAGGACACUGCCACUAUUACACGAACGAGUUCAGCUUUUGGAUGGCGACCAUCGAGGAUGGUCAACAGUUCCAAAGGCCCGAGAAACAGACCCUGAAGGCGGGCAACCUCAGGACUCGAAUAAGUCGCUGCCAAGUGUGUAUAAAGGACACGUAGAACCAACGUACGCGUAUCUGUUUUUGCUCUCUUUCUUUCUACUCAUAUUUCUCUUCUUCUUCUUGCCUCCCCCGUUUUGUGUUCUUUUUCCUUUUUUUACUUGCCUGCCCCAUUGCCCCCUCGGGAAAAAGAAAAAAAGAUUACUAGGGAUAACUAGAACGUGAAAGGAAAAGAAAAAUGUAAGGAAAGAUCCAAAGUCUCGCGAUGGAACGAAAAAACCGAUCGUUCGCCGGUUGAUUCGCGAAAAAUCCGGCGACGUCGAAAUAAAGAGAACGGGCCGAGAGCUUCUUCCUUUCGUUUUUUUCGGCUAUCCUUUUCCCGUUACGUACAUCUUGCCUUCGUUACUCUCAUUCUUGUUAUCCUUCUUUUUAUGUCCUCCUCUGUGUCGCUUUCAUUUCAGAAAUAUCUACUGUCCACCCAUUCUCCUGUUCCCCCUCCCGGUUUUCGCGACUUAUUUUCUACUCAUCGUAUCUCUCGCCACUUCUCUUGUUUUACUGCCUCUCCCCCUUCACCCGCCCUCGAUUUUCCCGCGAGCGAACCCUUUCGUACGCCGUAAGUUUCCCUACUUUUUUUUUGUUUUUCUAUAAUUAUUCAAACAUGUGCCUAGCGUACUAUUUCUCUAGCAUGUAAAAUAAUAUAUAUAUAUUAUAUAUAUAUAUUUAUAUCUCGUUAAUGUCGUAUGAAAAUUAAGUUUAUUCGUACUACCAUCGGACACUGCCCAUAUCCAAUAUGGCAUACUUUACAUAUUGUAUAUUAAUAUAAACGAACUUAGCCUGGUAAUCGUGUGAAGCCAAAUAUUUAAGUAAAUAGGUAUUUUGCUACGUAGCUAAUAAAAUUCUAUUU